GGGAAUCAAACUAGCAACCUUUUGGUGCACAGGACAAUGUCCAACCAACUGAGCCACACCAGCCAGGGCUGCCGUCAUAGUUUUGCUGAAGUUUCCCAUUGGCCAAACCCAACCAGAAACCAGAGGGCCUGGGAACUAGUCAAGGUGCUGACAGGAACAGAGAAGGGAGGCACGGAGGGGUGAGUGUAUCUAAAUGGUAGAUGGGAGGCCAGUGACAACAAAGCGAGUUCACAGAAUGCCCUGUUCCAAGCUUGACAUGAGAGAUGCACCAAGGCUGGCCCAGCCCCCUCCUCUGAGUCGAAGUCUAUAUAGGUAACAUGUUAGCUAUUCCAUGUAAAGCAAGGCAAGAAGCAUGAGCAGGCAUCUUUCUUCUGUGGACCCCUAGGAUGUCCGAGCUGGAGAAGGCGGUGGUGGCCCUCAUUGACGUUUUCCAUCAAUAUUCCGGAAGGGAGGGCGACAAGCACAAGCUAAAGAAAUCCGAACUCAAGGAGCUCAUCAACAAUGAACUUUCCCAUUUUUUAGAGGAAAUCAAAGAGCAGGAGGUUGUGGACAAAGUCAUGGAAACACUGGACAACGAUGGUGAUGGCGAAUGUGACUUCCAGGAAUUUGUGGCCUUCAUCGCCAUGGUUACCACUGCCUGCCACGAGUUCUUUGAACACGAGUGA